GUAGCCUACUGAUCCCAGAGGACGAAUAUAAUCUCGCCGGAGAAUCUUGUCAGAAGAGAUCUUUGUAGUUUCCUUUCAUAGCAGUGUCCCUCCGUCUCUUGUGUUUUCUUUCAUGGCUGCUGAUAAACCCUAGGUUUCCUCAAUUUGUCGAACUAACCAGAUCUGCGAGGUUUUUGUGACUGACGUUAUUCACCAUUGUUUGAACUUUGAACUGCUCAAACAUGGCGGCAUCAUUGCAUUGUGCUGCUGUUAGGAUUCCUUGUGCCGGACUUGAAAGGAGCUCCUCACAUUUCUUGUCUAUCUCAUCAUGCCGCCUUAAAUUUGCGGCUUUCGUGGCUUCGACUUCGGGCCUUUUAUGUCAAAUGUUUGAAGGUGCGUCUAGAAGGAAUGCUUUGAAAAUCAGUUGCGACGCAGGUUUAGCAGCUGCGAUUUACAAUGAGCACACGGUGAAACCCUGCUCUGAUGGAAAUGCCGGGAAGUUUACUUGCGUCAUGAAGUUUGGCGGUUCUUCGGUGGCCUCCGCUGAGAGAAUGAAGGAGGUUGCUGAGCUCAUUCUCAGCUUUCCCCAAGAAAUUCCUAUCAUUGUUCUCUCUGCAAUGGGAAAGACAACUAACCAUCUUCUACUGGCCGGUGAAAAGGCUGUUAGUUGUGGCGUCUCUAAUGUCUCUGAAAUUGAUGAGUUGAGCUUUAUAAAAGAACUUCAUCUUAGAACGGUUAAUGAGCUUGGAGUGCAUAGAUCUACUCUUUCUGAUCACCUUGCAGAAAUGGAGCAACUUCUGAAGGGAAUCGCUAUGAUGAAGGAGAUGACUCCCCGCACAAUGGACUAUUUAGUGUCAUUUGGAGAGUGCAUGUCCACAAGGAUAUUUGCCGCAUAUUUAAAUAAAAUUGGUGCUAAAGCCCGCCAAUAUGAUGCAUUUGAUAUUGGUUUUAUAACAACAGACGACUUUACAAAUGCGGAUAUCUUGGAAGCAACUUUUCCAGCUGUUGCAAAGAGGUUACAUCAUGAUAUGAUUAGUGAUCCUGCUAUUCCUGUUGUUACUGGCUUCCUUGGAAAGGGAUGGAAAACUUGUGCAGUGACUACCUUAGGUAGGGGAGGAAGUGAUUUGACUGCCACAACCAUUGGUAAAGCGUUGGGCUUGCGUGAAAUUCAGGUCUGGAAGGAUGUGGAUGGUGUAUUGACUUGUGAUCCCAAUAUUUAUCCCCGUGCAGAGCCUGUACCGUAUUUGACUUUUGAUGAGGCCGCUGAACUUGCAUAUUUUGGGGCUCAGGUUUUGCAUCCUCAGUCCAUGAGACCAGCUAGGGAGGGUGAUAUCCCAGUUAGGGUCAAGAAUUCUUACAACCCUCAAGCUUCAGGAACCCUUAUCACUAAAUCAAGGGAUAUGAGUGAGGCUGUACUCACUAGCAUAGUGUUGAAGCGGAAUGUCACUAUGUUGGAUAUAGUUAGCACCCGCAUGCUUGGCCAAUUUGGCUUUCUUGCGAAGGUCUUCUCUAUCUUUGAAGAUUUGGGCAUAUCUGUUGAUGUUGUUGCUACUAGUGAAGUUAGUAUUUCUUUGACUUUGGAUCCAUCAAAGUUUUGGAGCAGGGAACUUAUUCAGCAGGCAAGUGAGCUUGACCAUGUCGUGGAAGAGCUUGAAAAAAUUGCAGUUGUGCAUCUCCUUCAACACAGAUCAAUCAUCUCUCUCAUCGGGAAUGUCCAACGGUCUUCGUUGAUACUAGAGAAGGCAUUUCAUGUUCUCAGAACCAAUGGAGUCAACGUCCAAAUGAUCUCUCAAGGGGCAUCUAAGGUAAACAUUUCAUUAAUAGUAAAUGACAAUGAAGCAGAACAAUGUGUCAGGUCUCUGCACCAGACUUUUUUUGAGGGAGGUAUUCUCUCUGAACAAGAUUCAGGAAGUAGACCCACGAAUAGUUCUGCUGCGCCGUUGUUGGAUUGAUAAUCUUGUCAUUUUAAUUUCAAUUUGAUCCAUCAUUGCAGGUAG